AUGUGUUUCGGUUCCGAUAAUCCAAUAAUUAUUGAAGAACUGGAUGUAGAAAAGGUGUCGGUUGAAGAAAUCGAGUUGAUACAUUUAUUGAAUAAUUAUGGAAUGUCCGAACGAGUUAUUGAAGCGUUUCUCGUUAAUUGUUACACCAUCGAAACAUUGAAAAUCAUACAGAGGAAGGAAAUUGAGGAACUCCUUCCUUCGCCGUUUCUUGCUGAGCGAACCAGAUUCAUUCAUGAAUUGGACUCUUGGAGGGAGGCACAGGGGCUUUCAAAAGUCAGCGAACAACCCGUUACUUGCAAUUCAUCUGUGACCCGAGACAACAACGCGCGGCCCUCUGAAGAGACUCAAGUGUCUCGAGAAGCCUGUACUGCCACCUUCUUAUUGAACGCGUCAUCGAAAGGGCAAGCCAUCCUAAGGAAGUACAGCAAAACCGCGUUCCUCUCCAGAUCUGACAAAAAAAGUGUCACCCACAUCGUUGUUGACGAGUUCAAAACCCGUUUCUCUAAGCUGUCAUCGUCGGAACUUCUGGAUAGAGCUUGUGAGCUGAAGCAAUUAUGA